AUGCCCUACGACAUGCUGAACUACAUGUACUACCUCUGGAUCACACAGAUCCUAAACCUUAUUGCAGUUGCAACGCUAAAGUACUCGAUUUGUGGCUACCUUCUAGCCCUUAAAUUCUCAAGAGUGUACCUCGCGGUGGUGUGGGCUUCGAUCCUGAUGGUCACUACGUUCAAUCUGAUGCUGCCCAUCAUGGGCUGCUUUUGCAUUGCAAAGACCAUUGAGCUUUCCGCGUUGAUGAAGACAGCCGAUCCAACAUGGGACGGUGUCAACCUCGCCAUCUGGUCCGCAUCGGAACUCUCGGUCGGUAUACUUGUCGCGUCUCUACCCGCACUCCGAAAGCAAUUCGACGGCUUCUUCCGCCGCAUUCUCUCGUCGACCUUUCUGGGAAUGGGAUCCAAGACGGGGUCUGGUAGCAACGGCAUACCACUGUAUAACGUUGGACCACCACCUACCGUCGGCAGCCGACCAACGAGAGGUCGUUCGCGAUUCCAAAGAGACGACCUCGAUGAUGGAGAUAGUGAGAAGUGCAUACUGGACGAUUCUGAGCUGCCUGGAAAGCGCGAAAUAACGAGAACGAUCGUACAUGAGAUACAUAGUGAGAACAGGAGCAACGUGCAGGUCCCAGAUCGGGUACAUAACAUGUACGGCCAGCUUCAGUGA